AUGCGCAUCGCACUCGUCCUGCAAUGGCUCACGGCGAUCAGCAGUUGCCAUGUCAUCACCGACAGAACUUCCCACAGUCCCGUUGAGGUAGACAAGCGAACGUUGAAUUCUGUCCAGAUAGCAGGUGGCAGAGGAAACUGGGCAUGCGGAGCCGAGGAACUCAAUAAGCUGCAGGACUUCAUCGACAAUGCACAGCAGCUGGCUCGGAACGCGGCGAACGCCCUGGGCGUGGGGGGUUCUGAGAAUUCAGCCGCGUAUCUGAAAUGGUUUGGACAAGCUAAUGCAAACGCCCGGACACGAAUCGCAAUCAAGACAAACAACUACGAGUCGGUAAUCACCGACCUACGAUUCCCCGAUGGCACAUUCAUAUUCAGCAGGCAGAAGCUGGAUCCUAAGGGGCUGUCGUUUGUCUGCUGGCCGCAGUCCGACCGGCACUGCCAGAUGGGAUACAUCGCCGGCGUAAUGCCCGCCGGCUACCACCCGGGAUUCAAUACCGUUUUUAAGGGGCCUAUUCUGGCCAUGUGUCCGCGGUUCUUCAAUCUCCCCUCGCAAGAUGAGGUAGUCAAGGCUCUGACUCAGGAGUCGCCGACACUGAUGCUGACGGCAGGGCUUACCCUCCUUCACGAGAUGCAACACGUCAAUCUGACGACGGGGGAUGAGAGACUAUGCGAUGAUCAGAUCGAAAUGAGUAAAACUCACGGCCAGGGCUUCGGAUGUUACGACAUCAAGUGUACAACGUCAAUCCCCGACGAGGCCAAAAUCAAGAACGCUCAAAACUAUGCUUUCUUCGCCCUCGAUGUCACUGCUUUCCCCCACCGGGGCAAACAGACCGAUGAGGGUAAGUCUUGCGUUGUCGGAGGCUUGGGGAAGAGAGUGCUCGUUGAGGCGCCUGGGAAUCAUAAGCGGGCUCGUCGAAGCGUCGAUGGCAUGUUCAGAUUCAACAACGAUACGAUGAAACCUAGCAGCUGGGUUUCAUCCACGCUGCGGUCUUCGUCAUUGGCCCGAUCCUCCUCCUCCCAGCAACAAUCUUCCUCGAUGCUUCCCUCUUCCACGCUUCACCCAGCUCCUCGCCCAUCGUCGACUCAGACCCCGGCACCGACGGCAACUCCAGAGGUAGUCCACGUGAGCGAUGGCGAGACAGUAACCGCCGUCGUAGGAGCCGUCGUCGUUGCCGGGGUUGGAGGCGGUCUUGUUCUCGUUCCGUCCGGAGCCCUCCUCCCCAUCCCCGCCGGAUCCACAGCCGUUGUCAGCGCCAGCACAGCCGCCAACGGAGCCCAAGAAUACGAGUUGGAAGAGCAGAAAGACGACAACAACGUUCCUACUCCCUCUGCUUCACUGAGCCGCCCGGCCUCCGAGACUCCUACGUCCUCGGCUGAUCUCUGCUCCCUCGCUCCGGGCUCGACUCUCGGGCCGGAGCCGGCCACGCCCGACGCCCCGGGCUUCACGUUCAGGGAUUUCCUCUUGCUGCCUGGGCCCGAACCGACCGCUUUCUCGACAAUGUCGGAGCCACCCACCACAGCGAACACAACGACAUCGGCCCUGCCUGCUUCGACGACGCACGGCAGCGGGGUCGUAGUGUCCAGCAUAACGAGACCCGAUACCUCUGCAACAGUGGCUCCUGUUGCUUGUUACAACUUCGACGUCAACACGUACGGCUAUUGCUGUCCUGGGCCGGGUAACCCCUGCGAGAACGAUAGAGGUGAUUGUUACUUUGAUGGGGAGAGCGUUUCUGGUGGGUCUACUGGUGUCGUGCCGGAUGGCGCGCGAUGCCCGCCUCCUCCCGGUGCUCAGCUUUGUAGAGGUCCAUGCGAGCAAUAG